GGUUGAGUCUCAGAGACUGACCCAGCAAUGCAAUCAGUUAGUGACAUUAUUCACUGUCGAUCAGCAGUUAUAUCGUGUAGCUGUUGACGUCCUGUGGGCCUAUCCUCAGAAAUUCAAAAAUAUCAUCCCUCGUCUUGGAGGCAUGCAUAUGCUCAUGAGCUUCAUUGGCACAGUCGGAACUCUAAUGGCCAAUAGUGGACUGGAAGCACUCAUGAAUGCGGCAUUUGGUGGAGUACAGAAGAUGCUUACAGGAAAGAAGUUUCCCCAAUGUGUACGAGCCCUGAGGAUGGUGGUGGAAGAGCUCCUCCGAGAUGUUAUACCUGCCAGUGAGAGCUUUGAUGAACUGAUGGUUGACUUGGAAGAAAGGGCUGGAAGAAGUAGAACUUCCAUGAUGUGGUUAACGAACCUCAUCAAGCCGGUUCUGAUAAUGAUGCAGUUUGUCAGAGCUGAGAGGGAGGGAGACUGGCCUUUACAUCUAGCUGCAGUUGCUGCCAUGAUCCCUUAUUUUUUUGCCAGUGCACACUUUAACUAUGCCAGAUACGGUCUGUACUACUUGAGGUCGAUGGAGGCUCUACCAGCUGAGGUGCUAUCAGAGUUCAUGAAGGGCAAUCACGUCAUGAGGCAUACCCCUGGAAUAUGGAAUGGCAUAUGGUCCGACAUGUAUAUAGAGUCCACAUUCAUGAGGUAUGGACAUGAGGCUGGGGGCCUGGUGGGAUUGACACUCCAGCCAUCAGCUGUUGCUACGUGGGCACUCAGUCUCCACGUAUGCAGCCAACUUCUCAUGGAUGUAACUGCACUGAAAGAGGGUCAAAAGAGCAGUGUAGCAACAAGUCACAAGGAGGAAGGCAAAUCCCAUAUCAAGAGUGACGCAACUGACAGAGAAAAACUGAGGACUACACUAAGCACAUUCAUUCAUCCUCUACAUCCAUCAAGUCAUCCAGUAGGUUUGGUCAACAUUGCUAAUGGCUUGAUAUCUUCGAACAACGUGAUUGUAGACAGCUCACUCGAGAUUGGGAAGCAACAAAUGAAGGAUUUUGAAGCAGGAUGGCCAACUAGUUUCCAUGGCCCCCUAAAGAAGAAUGUAAAAACAAUGACUUCUAACAAGAAGCUGAUCAAGAUUGAUGGUACACCUGUAAUUAAUACUGAAAUGAUAUACACAAGAGUCAUUGGCCUUCAGCAGUCCAGAAGCUUGAACAUGAAAGAUGUUCUUAGUUAUGAAUUAUCUGCUGUACCGUCUGCACUCUUUGAUGAAAAUGGUGACUUGAGAUCACAAGCUAAAGCUACACUCCUUACCAAAUUACAAGUUGAAGUAUCAAGCCGUCACAUCAGCCCUCCAGAUGCCUAUAUCAUCGACGGGUGUGCCUUGCUUUGGACUGUUCGUUGGCCAUCAAAUGGUACCGUUGAAGACUAUGUGAAAAACUUCUUGGGAAGCCUCCGAUACUAUUUACAAAUGUGUCGCGUACAUCUGAUCUUUGACAGAUAUAUACCAAAUAGUACCAAGGGUGCCAGUAGAUCAAAUCGUGCUGGUACAAAUGCCAGUCGCAAACAUUCGCUGACACUCCAUACACCUCUGCCAGCCCAGAAUGUAGUGCUAACUGUCACCUACAACAAAGCCCAACUUAUCACCCUGAUCACCAAAUAUCUCGUUGAUCAUGUAGAAGACAACACUAAUGAACUUAUCAUCACUGCUGAACAUCCAGUCCCCAUAUCCAUCACAAACGGACAAGCAAGAACACAAACUAAUCUUCGUAACACUCACGAGGAGGCUGAUGUUAUCAUUGUGAAUCAGUUGGUGUACUUGGCAACCAAGGGUGCAUCAAGCAUAUCUGUGGUUUCUGAUGAUACGGACGUCUUUGUUCUUCUCCUUUACUUCUACUGCAAAGAAAAACUCACCUGUGAGGUGUUUAUGCAGAGUUGCAUUGCUGGCCGAAGAAUUGUAGAUAUAAAAGCUACAGCGACCAAGCACAGUAAUAUUGCAGAAUUUCUUCCUGGAGUGCAUGCUUUAAGUGGUUGCGAUACUACCUCUUUCCUCUAUGGCAUAGGAAAAGCAACAGCUUUGAAAGUGCUUAAUGGCGGUAAAACACUGAAGUUGUUGGGUAAGCAAGAUGCUGGUAUGGAAGAUGUUGUCACUGAAGCAACAGUGUUCAUGGCAACAUGUUAUGGUUCCAAGUGUUGCCAAAACAUGUCAGAGACCCGCCAUGAUGUAUGGAUCUCAAAAAUGGCAAACCAGAAGCUGUCAGUUGCUCCAAAACUGAAGUCUCUGCCACCAACUUCAGAGGCUUUCAUGCAACAUGUCUACAGAGCCCAUUACCAGACACUUGUGUGGAAGUCGUCACUCGUCAGUGAACCUGAAGCUCCUGAUCCACUGAAGUAUGGAUGGACCAAGAGAAAUGAUAAGCUCUUCCCGGUCAUGUUACCAGAGAAUAAAUCACCCGUGCCAACCGAAAUUCUCCAAAUGAUCAAGUGUGCUUGCUCCUCGAUGCGUGCAUGUUCUUCCAGCAGAUGCAGUUGUGCGGGUGUUCAAAUGUCAUGUUCAGUGUUCUGUGCUUGUCACGCUGGAGCAGACUGUAAUAAUGUUAAUAAUACUCGGAGCACAUUAUCACAUGAGGAAGAGGAUGAACUUUUGAGUGAUUGUGAUUUACAUAACAUUUGAAGGACUGACCAUUCACAGUGUUCUGGAUUUAUGUUACUUUUAAGCAAUAGUUAAUAUUACAUGUGACCUGUGUAAAUAUAGUGCAGGGACAAAAGUCCUAGAAACAAAUACGUGAUAAUGAAAGAGAGAUUACUGUUUAUGACUCAAAGACUCUGUUGCACAAUAUAUUUAUGUUAUGGUUUUAUGAGAUACUUAAAAAGGAGUUAUUACCUAAUUUGAUCACCACAGAUAUAUUAAUAAGCAUUAUUGCAUGGCUUCAUUGUAAUGUACCAUAAUUCAAGGGUAUGCUGAAAUUAUUAUUUAUGAAUUUUAUAUGAAACUAGUGAUUACUAAGUAGUAUGUAAUCUGGAUUGCUACUAAAUGUAAAUAGUGUACAUACUACAAUAAAUUUAAUUUUUUUUUCACAAAUUAUCCCCCUUUUGGAUGAAUAUACAUACUUUCUUAGGUAGAUACUCUUAAUUAGUGAGCAGGAAUGACUUCCUUGACCUCUAAAACAUAGGUAUGGACACCAAAAUCGCCUUUCUGUCGGCAGUAUUGUAAAAGAUAUGUGGCAUUAGCGUGGGCGACAUGCCGCGUCGCGGCCAUUUUGUUUUUGGCCCGUAAUAAUUUUUCCCCAAGGGUGCUGGAGUGGCACCCGGCUGAUUCCUGUUGAGGACAUGUCAGAGCACCAGAAUCAACAAUAAAACCUUCUCCAUACCACAAAACCGGGUUCGACCCCAUUUUUACUGGACUAAAAUAGUUAGCUCCUAAGACAUAAGUUUUACCAAAUUUAUCAUUAAGGUAAAUCAGGUUAGGUUUAGUUAAGUUAGUUUAGAUUAGGGAAGUAUAUAGUUGGUUUGGUUAGAUUUAGUUCAUUGUUAAAGUAGAUUUAGUUAUGCUUACAUUAGGUUUAAUUUAUUUUCUUACCAAACUUGUCAUCAAUGCUAGGUAAGGUUUAGUUAAUUUCCUCUCAGUUUGUUAAGAUGGGUUAGGUUAGGUUUAGUUAAUUUCCUGUCAGUUUGUUAAGAUGGGUUAGGUUAGGUUUAGUUAAGUUAGGUAUAGCCAAGUUUGGUUUAUUUAUUCAUUUAUUGUUAUUGUCAUGUGUGAGAAUUUUUAUUUUGAUAAUUUUGAUGUGCUUUGAAUGAAUCUAGUAACCAUUUUCAUUGCAAAUCAAUGUUUUACAUGUUUGG